CGGCAGAGCCGGCUCGUCGACAAGCUCAACGCCGAGGACCACUCGCUGCGCUGCGCGCUGCAGCUCAAGCUGGGCGUGGCGCGGCAGCUCGCCGGCGAGACCUUCUACUUUGCGUACAACCUCGACUUUCGCGGCCGCGCGUACCCGUGCUCUCCCCACCUCUCGGUGGUGGGCGACGACUUGGCGCGCGGGCUGCUGCAGCUGCGAGCGGCGCCGCUUCACGGUGUGUGCUGGGAACAGGUGCACGCCGCUUCGCUCUACGGGCACGACAAGCUGCCGCUGCACGAGCGCGCCGAGUGGGUCGACGCGCAGCUCGCCUCUGGCCGGAUCGCGGCGGUUGCGAGCGCGCCGCUCGACGAGGAGAACCGCGCGUGGCUGCUUGGCGCGGAGAACCCGUUCCAGCUCUACGCGGUUGCGUGCGACCUCGCUGCGGCGCACGCGUCGGCCGACCCCGCGGCACACUUGUCCGCGAUCCCGGACGGGUCCUGCAACGGGCUGCAGCACUAUGCCGCGCUCGGGCGGGACGAGAUGGGCGGGCGGCACGUCAACUUGACGCCGGGCGAGCGGCCCGCGGACGUGUACGCCGGCGUGCUCGAGGUCGUGAAGCGCAAGGUUGCGGCCGACGCGGCGGAGGCGGAGGGGGAGGCGCGCGAGCUGGCGCUGCAGCUGGACGGCCGCCUGGUGCGCAAGGUGGUCAAGCAGUCGGUGAUGACGACCGUGUACGGCGUCACCUUCGUUGGGAUGCGCGAGCAGAUCGAGCGCCGGCUGAGGGAGCUGCCCGAGCUGGCGGCGGAGGUCGAGGCGGCGGCGCAGCCCGACCGGCAGUACACGCGCCUCGCGUCCUACCUGGCCAAGCACACGAUGUCCUCGCUCGGCGAGGUGUUCGAGCCGGCGAUGGUUGCGAUGGAGUGGCUAGCGAGCUGCGCCUCCGCCAUCGGGCACGAGGCGGGCUCGCCUGUCGAGUGGACGACGCCGCUCGGCCUCCCCGUGGUGCAGCCGUACCACAAGCCGCGCCGGCGCGAGAUACGGACCGUGCUGCAGCGGCUCACGCUGAGCGACAUGGGCACCAGCGACGACGAGCCCGUCGACGUGCGCCGGCAGGUGAUGGGCAUCCCUCCAAACUACGUCCACUCGCUCGACUCGUCCCACAUGCUCAUGACCGCCUCGGCGGCGAGGGAGGCGGGCAUCGCGUUCGCCGCGGUGCACGACUCG